ACAGUGCUUGACAGAUGGAAAGGCAGAAAGUGCUUUAAAGGAACGACGAAGUCAAUAUCAAGGCACCUGGGAAGGCUUCGUGUCAGAAUAUUCUGUCUUCUCAUCUUCCACCUAUGUGGACCGCUCAGUCUUCAGGCUUCCUCCAUAGAAAGACUCUCCACAGAGCAAGAAACAAUGACCCACUCUCCUUUCUUUGUUGCAAAAGAAGGAGAAAGGACAGAGACAGGACUGGGAACAAAGGGCCCUCUGAGUGGCUGAGCAGUGAGAUCGUCCUGCUUCUCCAGGGGUCUUGCGGGUACUGUUCAUUGCCCCCGCCCCUGUCCUGACCCGCCCUAAAGCUCAAACUUGCAAACAAAUUGCCAGCAAAAGCGCUGGAGGAGGGGGACUCGGCAUCUCCGCGAUGGGUUCCGGGACUACGGUCUCGGCAGAUAGAGAAUGUUCCGGAGACCCCAUGGAGUCACCAGCAGAGCUCAACUGUGGUCGCCAACCCUUGGUUCCGGGGACUGCCCAGGAAGAGGCUCCGGCUGCUAACCCGCUGCUGGAGGACCUGCGGCGGCGGCUGAUGCGCGCCUUGCAGCGGACUGUGGCGCGCUGGGGCUCGCGGCGCGCUCGGGAGGCCGCCUCGGCGGCGGAGGCGGCAGCAGAGGCAGCCGCGCUGGAGGAGCAGAGUCGGGCGCGCGUCGAGAGCGCUCUGGGCCGGCUGCGCGCAGAGCUGCUGGAAAUGCGUUUUCAAAACCAUCAGCUGGCCAGAACUUUACUGGAUUUAAACACGAAAAUGCAGCAACUGAAAACAGAGCAUGAACUGGAAAUUGCAUCAGAAUCUCAAUCCCUAGAAGAUAAUGCUGUGAAUCAGGAGCAUGAAAGUGCUCACUUGAAAAUCUGAACCCUUAACAUAACAUAGAUAAUGCUGACAUGAUUCUAACAGUAACAUUAUGUGUGCUUGGUAUGAGCUCCGAGGACAAUUUGUAGACCAAAAAUUUGGAUGCCAAAGAGAAGUACAAAAAACAUCAAAGAGAGGGGACAGAGAAAAAUGGUGCCUUAAUAAAUUCCAAAAGUAUUUAUUCAUUGUUUGGCCUGUUUUCCACAAGAAGGGGGAAAAAAUGAGGAAAGUCUCACAGAUACCUUAACCAAUUUCUAAUCUUUCCUCUUUUGUUAUCUUCCUUUUGGGGUUUUGCCUGAACUUGUUGCUGGCUUUUGUCUUGCUUCUUUAUUUAUUCUUGGUAUGUAGCCCAGUAGCCUGUUUGAUGUUCUGCGCUCCCCUCUUUUUGGAGAAUCACUUCUGCCUGGAAUCUGACCAUGCCCUCCCGGUGGUUUGCCAUUGAGAAUGUCCCAUCUCCUUGGAUAUUGUUGUGCAGAUCAAGGCAAGCAGACCAGGUUGUCCCAGGAUUUUUUCAAACCGGUGCAAAGGGAGCAAUAAUUAUUCCCUGAAUCUAUGGGACAAGGAACUUUGAGGCUACUGUGGUCACCAAGCUAGAAAACCUAGACUCUAUAGAUGGGGGUUGAAACUGAACCACUGAGUUCAAAAGGAGAGGGAGACUCUUGUGUUCCUUGUCCCUGAGAUCAUGCUUGCUGUCCUUUAGGUACAUGAAAUACUCUCAAUUAUACUCAAAAUUAUAUUUCAAAACAGAUUUCCUAUGUUUCUUCCUUUUCAUAAACUAUCCUUUUACCUAAGUUGAUUCAAGUUGGAGUUUCAUGACGUGUAUACAAAAAAGUUCCCUAACUAAUGCAAUUCUUUUGUUUAGUUUUUAGUAGUUAAAAUAGUUCUUAUUGUUGCAUUAGAAUUUCUAAAUGUACCCUAAAAGUGCUCUUUUUAUUGCUAAAAUUAAACAAUAAAAAAUAGUUG